UGUCUGCCCUUUAAAUAGGAUCCAGCCUGGGGAUGCUGCAGGCAGUAACAAACUGUGCUCUCUGCUGGCGGGGCGGGCUCGGCCUGGGGACAACGAGAAUCUGGCCUAAGGGACAACCACAACGGGACAAUGCAGGCACAGGAAUUAUUUCGAUACUUUCAAAUGCCGGAAUUUGGAGACUUCCAUGAAUAUGUGCGCACUAUCCCAACAAACACGUUGAUAGGCUUUGGCGCUUUUGCUGCACUCACGACUUUCUGGUAUGCUACAAGACCCAAGGCUCUGAUACCCCCGUGUGACCUCUCCAUGCAGUCGGUGGAAGUGGAGGGGACUGAUGGUGCAAGGAGAUCCGCUAUGCUGGACAGUGAUGAGCCAUUGUUGUUUCUCUAUGAUGAUGUAACAACACUGUAUGAAACCUUCCAGAGGGGUGUACAGGUGUCAAAUAAUGGCCCUUGUUUAGGCUCUCGGAAACCCAAUCAACCAUAUGAGUGGAUCUCGUAUAAAGAGGUUGCAGACAAGGCCGAAUGUGUGGGCUCAGCACUGCUCCAGAAGGGUUACAAGGCAUCACCAGAUCAAUAUUUUGGCAUCUUUUCUCAAAAUAGACCUGAGUGGGUGAUUAUCCAACAAGGUUGCUAUGCCUACUCGAUGGUAGUGGUCCCUCUUUAUGAUACUCUUGGAAAUGAAGCAAUCAUAUACAUAAUUAACAAAGCUGAACUGUCUUUGGUUUUUGUGGAUAAGCCAGAGAAAGCCAACCUCAUGUUAGACUCUGUAGAAAACAAGCUAACCCCAGGUCUCAAAACCAUAAUCAUCAUGGAUCCCUUUGAUAGUGAUGUCGUGGAACGAGGCAAGAAAUGUGGGGUGGAAAUAAUGAGCAUGAAAGCAUUCGAGGACCUGGGAAGAGCUAACAGGAGGAAGCCAAAGCCUCCGUCGCCUGGUGACCUUGCCGUGAUUUGUUUCACCAGUGGGACAACAGGAGAUCCCAAAGGCGCAUUGAUCACUCAUGAAAAUAUAGUGAGCAACUGUUCAGCUGUUGUGAAAGUGGCAGAGAAAGCACUUCAUUUGAACUCCAGUGACUCACAUAUUUCAUAUUUACCACUCGCUCACAUGUAUGAGCAGUUAACGCUGAGUGUAAUAUUCUUUCAUGGAGCUAAAAUUGGAUUCUUCCAAGGAGAUAUCCGGUUACUUAUGGAUGACCUCAAGACGCUGCAGCCCACCAUCUUUCCUGCGGUUCCAAGACUGCUGAACCGCAUUUUUGACAGAAUUUUUGGACAGGCCAAUACAACAAUGAAACGGUGGAUCUUGGACUUUGCUUUCAAGAGGAAAGAGGCAGAACUCCGAAGUGGUAUAAUUAGAAACAACAGCCUGUGGGAUAAAAUUAUUUUCAACAAAAUUCAGGCAAGUCUUGGAGGGAAAGUAAGGUUUAUGGUCACUGGAGCGGCCCCUGUAUCAGCAACUGUUCUGACUUUUCUGAGAGCAGCACUUGGAUGUCAGUUCUACGAAGGCUAUGGACAAACAGAAUGCACAGCUGGAUGUUCCUUGACGGUACCAGGAGACUGGACAGCUGGCCACGUUGGUGCUCCAAUUCCUUCCAAUCUUGUAAAACUUGUCGACGUAGAAGAAAUGAAUUACUUGGCUGCCAAGGGAGAAGGUGAGAUAUGUGUGAAAGGGCCAAAUGUAUUUAAGGGCUAUUUGAAGGACCCAGCAAAAACAGCAGAAGCUCUGGAUAAAGAUGGCUGGCUGCACACAGGAGAUAUUGGAAAAUGGUUACCAAAUGGUACCUUGAAGAUCAUUGACAGGAAAAAACAUAUUUUCAAACUGGCACAAGGAGAAUACAUCGCGCCUGAAAAAAUUGAAAAUAUCUACCUGCGAAGUGAGCCAGUUGCUCAGGUGUUUGUACAUGGGGAAAGCUUACAGGCAUUCCUCGUAGCUAUAGUGGUACCAGAUGUGGAGACACUGACUUCCUGGGCCAAAAAGAAGGGCUUCAGCGGAUCCCAUGCAGACUUGUGCAAGAAUAAGGAUGUUAAAAAAAUGAUCCUAGAAGACAUGGUGAGGCUCGGGAAAGAGGCGGGUCUGAAGACUUUUGAGCAGGUCAAAGGCAUUGCUCUCCACUUGGAAUUAUUUAGCGUGGAGAACGGCCUUCUGACUCCGACCCUGAAAACAAAGAGACCGGAGCUCCGGAAAUACUUCAGGUCGCAGAUUGAUGAACUCUAUUCUACAAUUAAGAUUUAAUCUUGAACUCAAAAUUAUAUAGAACCAAGUGUUGUAAACUAAAAAUAAAAAAAUUAAAUUAGAAAAAUCAAAUUAAAUUAAAAAAUUAAAUUAAAAAAAAGAUUUAAUCUUGAGGAAGAUAGCUUGGAGAAAACAAAACCGCACACCUCCAAAAGAUCCGCUUCUACUGUUGGCCUUCAUAUCGGUAAUUUUGACUACAAGAAACAUAGGGAAGGAGGCUUGCUUGGACAGGGUUCUUUCCAUAGGAAUUUUGAAGGAAAACAGAACACUGCCUUACUGUCACCUUGUGUUGCUGACCAUUUUGUGGUGAUAUACAAUUUCCAAAAUGAGCCUUAAAUUGUAAAGGGCAACUGUGUACCUGGUAAGUUAUUUGGGACUCCUCAGGCCAAAGGUUGGGUGUUGACUCUUCUCUCCUGAUCCUAGCUAAGGAACUAGGGCUUCCCAGUUUCUGAGAGGUCACAUGUUUGAUACAUUCUCUGCAGUUGUCUACUCCCAAGGGUACAUGGCACACUGGAGGAAAAGAAUCCUUUUAACGGUGACAGAACACACACACACACACACACACACACACACACACACACACACACAUACAUACACACACACAGACACCCACAGGAGUGGGGUACACCAUAAUUCAUCCAAAUACUAUUUAAGCCCUCUUUUCUUACCCUUCUUUGAAUGAGGGUUGCGAAGCUUUCUCUCCCUUCUGCCCUACCCCCAGGGCCACCCCAACCCAGAAAAGAAAGAAAUGUCUGAACUUUACUCUUUUAACCUUAAGGUUCACUGUAAAUCAGGACAAAUACAACUGAGCAGAUUUGGGGUCACGUAUGAAUGUCCCACAGAGUGUGGACUCUAACGCAAAGCAGAAUGCUACCAAUGAGUGCUUUCCAGAUCUCUCUCCUUCCCAUCCCUCCCUGAAGUAACAAAGCUGCCUUAGAGUCGACCGUGAAGAUGAGAAUUUCAAGGAUACGUACACCAUCUAAGCAGGAUCAGCCAAGCUCAGCGAUGAUGACCUGAAAACCGUACACCUUAUCUCUACACUGCACUAGCCACAAUUUCUGUAUAAUGGUCAACGGGUUUUUAAUGUAGUUUUCAUAUCAGAAUAUCAUGCCGUGAUUAAUGCUUCUUCUGUUUCCCAGAAUAAACUGUCUCGUACCAAACAUAUCACUUCAAAGGAUAGAGGGAGAGGAUAUACUUCAAUACUUUUUUGUUGAAAUGGAGGGUAGUAACGGACAGGAAUGGGCCCAUCUCAGAAGUCUACCGAUGAUUUCUACAAAAUGCUUUCAACAAGCCAGAACAAAUGCUAACUAAUAGGGGAAUGUGUAGAUCUGGGGGCAAAAAGCAAUUCUUCCUAGGAGUUAACUCCUGAGGGGCUUUUAGUCUAAUUGGGGACAUGGACAACAUUUCAAUUUUUACGGGUCUUGGCCAUAUUUGAAUGAAUUAAGUUGUCAUUUAAAAUGAUUCUGUUUUUUGGAUACAUGGGGUUAUAUGUAAUAUUGAAGCACAACAAGGUUUUCAUUAAAGAGAUGUCAUUGUAAUAACACUAUUUGGUAGCCUAACUUCAUAAUGUGUGCUCUUAAUUGCACAAAUAUUGACAAAAGUCGGUAAUUUGUCACAUUGGAGUUUUGAAUGUUUGCUUUCAGUGUUGGCUAUUUCUAUGUUUUAUAAACCAAAAGAGAAUUUCCAAAAAAUAAUGAAGGAAACCAAAAUAAAUAUUUCUGCAUUUCA